AAUUACUUGCCUGAAAAGAUAUUUAUUAGUUCCUCAGUGAAAAAUAGCAAAGGAGUAGGCAACGUUUUUACAAAAAAGAGUAUUGCACGUGCAAGUGUAAUUGUUAUCGAUAAAAAAAUUAAAGUUUACUCAUUCUAAUUAAACCAACUUAUAAACAGCGAAUUUUCGACCUAACACAAAAAAAAAAUAGUUGAAAAGAAAGGAAUACAGUGUAAUACAAAAUGUUCAAAAUUCAUUAUUUAUAAGUUCUUCCAUUCCAAUUCCCUCAGUCUUCCUAUUUAGUUUGAUUCCACUUUCAUUUGCCCCCGCUCUUACACUCUCUUCCACAAGAAUUUAUAUGACUCGUGAAAAUCAGAUAAUUAAUCACGUAUACGCAAUGUGAGCUUAAACUCACACUUGGUUGGGCAGAGAGCGAGCAAUGACUUAAUUUGAGCGCCGCUUGUCGGCUCAAAAUCAGCGUUCAGAACCAGAAUAUAGAACAUUCGGCUCAGUUCAGUUCACAGUCACAGUCACAGUCUUUGCUAUUGACGUUCAGCGCUCAGUAAUCAGGUCCCACAAUCAAAAUGCUACUGCGGAUGACCCAGUUUCUCUGCCUCGGGGCCUUUUUGUUGCUCAGUCUUAUGCAACUUACGCAGGCCGUGGCCACGCCCGAUGGUAAUAACAACAUCAAACCCAAGAACGUGGUCCAGGUGCAGCCAGGAAACCCGGCAGGAAAUAAGCCUGCGAUUGCCACAGCCGCAGCCACAGUUAAGCCACGGAGAUCGGAACCAGAUCCGAAGUGUCUGCAGCCCUUGGAAGUGGGUCCAUGCCGCAUGAAUCUGGAACGGUUCUACUACAACAAGGAGAAAAAAACCUGCGAGACCUUCAAAUACGGCGGAUGUAGGGGCAACGACAAUCGCUGGGGCUUCCGGCAGACUUGCGAGGAGGCCUGUCUCCCAAAGUAGUGAUCAAUUUAAAGUGACUGCGAAAUUAAACGAACUCUUUUCUAAAUAAAACAAUAAAAUAUAUACACCUUUUA